CUAGUCUGCUCCAUGACCUCAGUAGAUGUUUUUUUUAACCUCUUUCUACACUUCAUUUUCUAACCUUUUCUUUAUGGUGUUCAGUUUUUGUAAAAAAAGGAAAGUUAAGCAAUGAGCUCUACAAGAGGACGCAUGGAAAUUCAGGCUGAGAGACCAGGCCACGGACGGCAGACAAGCUCCAUUAACCUGAACCACUAUGCCACCAAGAAAAGUGUGGCAGAGAGCAUGUUAGACGUGGCACUCCUCAUGGCCAAUGCAUCUCAGCUGAAAGCUGUGCUGGAGCAAGGUCCCGACUUCAAAUAUUAUGUCACCCUUCUGACGCUCAUCAGUGUUUCCCUGCUAUUCCAAAUAGUUGUUGGGGGUCUCUUCAUUGCUAUGGCUCGAAAAGAUCUGAACGAGGUGAGUAAUCAGAAGAAGCUCGAUCUCCUGAACAACGUGGCCACUGGACUAGUGUUUGUCACUGCAAUUGUCAAUGUCUUCAUCACUGCCUUUGGUGUCCAGAAGACAGGACUUUUUCCCAAGCCUAACUGACAUUGUGUAUGAAUUCUUCCACUGAGGUGACAUUGACAUUCAAACAUAAUGAAGAUUGAGGAAGAUGGCAUGCUUUUAAAUAGUUCUCCAUGAAUUAACUUUUCCGUGUUUCUCUUCACUUAUAGCUACUUUUUCUUAUAUUCUGUACAAUUCUAUAACAUUACUUAUAUUGUACAUUACCUAAAUUUCAAUUUAUGUUUAAAAAUUAAUUCAGAUUAUUGUAUCCAUGUAUUAUUGUAACGUCCUUUUUGAUAUGUUUUGUGAAGGACCUUGUAAUUCUACCUGCAGUGAAAGGUACCACAAUGCAAACAGUAAAUGUUUCUUGUUUUUAUUAUGAACAUGCACUGCCAGUGUUUUACAUGUCUUACAUCUCUGUGCUUGUUAUUACUUAAAUAAACCUUUUUAGACAUA